CUUUCUCCAUUUCUAAACUAUUCCCGUCACUCUUUAGCGAACGAACUAGAAAAAGUAUAAACCCUAACGAGUAGGGAAAAACCCUAGAAAGUUCCACUUGUACCCAGGCUUCUGCUUCUUCGGCCAUUUGCUAACUCACCAAGUAGCCUACUUUCUCGCUCAAUUGAUCUCUCUCGCCAUCAACAAUGGCGUCUAUGAUGCAACCUCAGAUCAUAUUGCUGAAGGAAGGGACUGAUACGUCCCAAGGGAAGGCACAGUUGGUGAGCAACAUAAAUGCUUGUAUGGCUGUGGCUGAUGUGGUGCGUACCACCCUUGGUCCUAGGGGUAUGGACAAGCUGAUCCACGACGAGAAGGGAAACACGACUAUUUCGAAUGAUGGUGCCACUAUAAUGAAGCUUCUAGACAUAAUACAUCCCGCUGCAAAAAUACUUGUUGACAUCGCCAAGUCCCAAGACUCUGAGGUUGGUGAUGGAACCACUACAGUAGUUCUGCUUGCAGGAGAAUUUUUGAAGGAAGCCAAGCCUUUUAUUGAAGAGGGUGUCCACCCUCAAAAUCUUAUUCGCAGUUAUCGAACUGCUUCUAAUAUGGCAAUAGAGAAGGUAAAAGAAUUGGCUGUUAGCAUUGAGGGAAAAAGUUUGGAAGAAAAGAAAACUCUGCUUGCAAAGUGUGCUGCUACGACUCUGUCGUCGAAGCUUAUUGGAGGUGAAAAGGAAUUCUUUGCACCCAUGGUUGUGGAUGCCGUUCUUUCAAUCGGAAAUGAUGAUAGGCUGAACAUGAUUGGAAUUAAGAAGGUGCCUGGAGGUAAUAUGCGCGAUUCUUUCCUUGUAAAUGGUGUUGCCUUUAAGAAGACAUUCUCCUAUGCUGGUUUUGAACAGCAGCCAAAGAAGUUUGUGGACCCCAAGAUACUUUUACUGAACAUAGAGUUAGAGCUAAAAUCAGAAAAGGAAAAUGCAGAGAUAAGGCUUUCAGAUCCAGCACAAUAUCAGUCAAUUGUUGAUGCAGAGUGGAAUAUCAUUUAUGACAAGUUGGAUAAAUGUGUAAAGAGUGGGGCCAAAGUUGUGUUGUCUCGACUUGCUAUUGGGGAUCUGGCCACACAGUAUUUUGCAGAUCGGGAUAUAUUUUGUGCUGGUCGUGUCGCUGAAGAGGAUCUGCAGCGGGUAGCAGCUGCUACUGGGGGAACAGUACAGACAACUGUGAACAAUGUCAUUGAUGAGGUUCUUGGCUCUUGUGAGCUUUUUGAGGAGAAGCAAGUUGGAAAUGAGAGAUUCAAUAUAUUCAGUGGAUGUCCCUCGGGCAAGACCGCCACUAUUGUCCUUCGUGGUGGAGCAGAUCAGUUCAUAGAGGAAUCCGAGAGAAGCUUGCAUGAUGCUAUUAUGAUUGUUAGAAGGGCUUUGAAAAACUCUACGGUCGUUCCCGGAGGUGGUGCUAUAGAUAUGGAAAUAAGCCGUUUCUUGAGGCACCAUGCUCGAACAAUUCAAGGAAAAUCUCAGCUCUUUAUAAACUCUUAUGCAAAAGCUCUUGAGAUUAUUCCCCGUCAGCUAUGUGAUAAUGCUGGUUUUGAUGCAACUGAUGUGCUGAAUAAGCUCCGACAAAAACAUGCUCUUCCAUCUGGUGAGGGUGCACCUUAUGGAGUCGACAUCAAUACUGGUGGCAUUGCCGAUGCAUUUGCCAACUUUGUUUGGGAGCCAGCAGUCGUGAAGAUAAAUGCCAUUAAUGCAGCCACAGAAGCAGCAUGCCUCAUUCUGAGUGUGGAUGAGACAGUGAAGAAUCCUAAGUCUGAGAGUGCUCAAGGAGAUGCUGCUGCAAGCGCUAUGGGUGGUAGAGGGCGUGGAGGUGGUCGUGGCCGUGGAAUGAGGCGGCGAUAGAUUUCACAAGUUCCUUGCAGAUUUUGCUAUGAUUUUCAUUUAGACUUUUUUGCAUUGUUCACUCCUGCUGAGAUGAAAUCGAAAGGAAUGCAAGGAAAAGAAAGGUGGGAAGCAAGGGGGUUGACCCCUUGAUGGUACGCCAUCUUUGUAUGUGAUGUGAUUCCCAAAAUUGGUCUCUAAAUUCUGGCUGAUGAGUUUAUUUUUAUUUGUGAACUAAUUUCCCGGUUUUGCAACUGUCAUAUUUCCGUUGGCUGCUAAUGUAAUGUAUUUCUAGUUGUCUCCCCUGUCGUAUUGAAAUCAGUGCAGAACUCCCUUGUAAGCCAAUGGAGAAAAAUGCAUCCUUGACCGAAAUGUUAAAAUUUGGAAAUUGUUUC